AUGAACUCUCACAGGAAACACUGGAUGGUGACUCUGCAACAAAUCUUUUAUCCCGUCCUAGCAGCUGUGGGGAUCCCAUCCAACACCAUCACCUUUCUGAUCCUCUGGAGGAGAAACUGCAUGCUCUCCACGUCCAGUGUCUUCUAUUUAAUGGCGAUUUCUGUGGCUGACAACCUUGUCCUGAUCUCCAUCGUGGUUCUUGAACUGUCUUUGAAGUACCACCAGCUGGAGCCGUAUUGGAGUUACGAGCCGUGGUGCAACCUACGAGACGUUUUUAGUUAUGGAGCCUACAAUGCCUCGACGUGGCUGGUGGUCCUGUUCACGGUGGAGCGUUUUAUCAGCAUACACACAUGGAGAAUCAAAGCUAAGCUCUGCACGCCGAGAUGCGCCAUUUGGACGAUAACAAUCACUUUUGUCUUUUGUCAUCUCUCGGCCGUUCCUUACUACUGGUCUAACGCCUCGAUCCAAGAGGCUAAUCUGACCUCGUGUGUUUACAACACAGAGGCCCCGACCCAGUUUAUCCACACCCUGGUUUGGUUUCAAACCUUCCACACCUAUGUCCUCCCCUUUCUCAUUAUUCUCACUCUAAAUGGGCUGACCCUGCGUCUCAUUUCCCUUAGCAACAGGGUUCACGUCGCCCCUAAUGUGACGUCUAGGAUUCACAAAGUCAGGCCUCUUCUUCGCUCCAGGAGGAGAAAAUCCGUGGUUCUUUUGGUGACCGUUUCCAUGAGUUUUGUGCUGCUGUCCAUCAGCCGCACUAUAACCCAGAUCAUCCUCCGCACCACGGACAUGUACACUUCAGAUCGUGAUGACUAUGACCUCAAGAUAAACAUAGCAGCUGAUAUUGGCACCAUGCUGAGCCUGAGCAACGCUGCCAUCAACAUGUACCUGUACGUGUGCACCCAGUCCAAGUUUCGCCUGGAGGUCUUAGCUUGUGUGAGACGGGUGACUUUUUACUGUAAGAAAACCUACAGAGUGUAA